AUGGCUAGCCCUCCUGUGCUAGCUUUCGAUGCUGAGGGCCGCCCAGUGAAGUUCGAUACCUGGCUAGAUGACCUGCAUCUCUAUCUACAGCUCACAGCCAAGGACGACAUCUCACUGUACGACCACGCCCUAGGCCAUGUCACUGCCCAUGCUGCUACUGCUGACAGCACUGCUCGCUUGCAGUGGCAGACUCGUGAUGCCCAUGCUCGCUUCGCUAUUCGCAACUCCCUGCCGAUAGACGAACGCGAGCACUUUGGCCAUCACAAGACUGCACAGGCACUGUACACAGCUGUCGUUGCUCGCUACUCCUCACCUGCCUCUGCCGCGCUAGGCCAUCUCUCCCUCCCCUACCUGUUUCCCGACCUGGCCUCGUUCCACACAGCCGCUGACCUCAUCACGCACCUCCGUACUAGUGAGGCCCGCUUCCGUGCCGCCAUGCCCGCUGAGUUCCUUGCCACGCACCCCCCUCCACUCUGGCUCACUCUCUACCACCUAGUCACCCGCCUCCCUGACACACUGCGUGCUGUCAGGGACCACUUCCUAGCUCGUUGCCCCACUGAGCUCACCAUUGCCCUCCUCGAGAAGGAGCUGCUUGCAGCUGAGACUAGCAUAGUCGCUGUAGGUCGGCGCUGCAUCUGCCUCUUGCGGGCGCCGCAGCGGCAAGGGCAAAGGGGGCAAGGGUGGUGGCGGGUGACGGCGGGGGAGGCGGCGGUGGGGGCGGUGGAGGCAGUGGGGGUGGUGGCUCGGCUAGAGGGGCGAGUGGUAGCGGUGGGGGUGGUGGCGGCAGCGGCGGGGGAGGUGGCAGGGGCGGAGGCGGUGGUUGGGGUGGCGGUGGACGAGGCGGCGGCAGGGGUUGGGGUGGUCGAGGAGGUGGCAGCGGUGGUGGUGGCCGUGGAGGCGCUGGCGGUGGCCAGGGCCAGCAGCACACUCCUUCGCCCCAGGAGGUCCAAGAAAGGGAUUGAUAUCUAUGCUCUAGACUUUGAUGCUAUUCUAUCUGCCAUGUAUGUGAUGUCUACUAGUGGAGAGGGUGCUGAGUACUUGUGUGUGCCGCCCGACCCGGGCAUUAGGGCCAGUGCGUCUGCCGCUCCAGGUACUCGCGUGUCGGCUACCCCAGGUGCUGGUGAGGCUGCUGCUCUAGGUGCUCGUGUGUCUGCCCCCCUUGGUACUGAGUCGACUGCAGCACUGCACACCUUCACACUGGACUCAGGUGCUUCUCGAUGCUUCUUUCGUGACCGCACUGCCCUUGAGUCGCUUGCUCGGCCAGUUGCUGUCUCCCUUGCUGACCCCUCUGGGGGUCCGGUCAUUGCGACCUCUUCCACUGUCCUUCCCUGUCCUGCGGUCCCGUCGGGCACACUGUCAGGUCUCCACCUCCCCUCGUUCUCUACGAACUUGGUGGCAGGAUGUGCGCUCCAGGACGGGAGUGUUCACCAGUUCACCCCUGCCUACGAGCGCGUGAGACACUGUACGUGUGCUCGUACGGGCCGUCACUUGGCUACCUUCACUCGGCAGCCGGGGUCGGACCUGUACACACUGACUACUGAGUCCCCUCAGGUUGCUGCGUCUGCGUCUGCGUCCGCGUCAGGUCAGCUGUCGGCCCCCUGCUCGUGUCGCUCUCUGGCACACGAGACUGUCCUCUGGCACCACCGCCUUGGCCACCCGUCUGUGCAGCGGCUUCGUGCCAUGCACUCCCGGUACCUUGUCUCUGGCCUGCCCAGGGUCCUUCCUGCCCUCCCACCCUCGCCUGCUCCUACCUGUCUCCCCUGUGUCGAGGGACGGCAGCGCGCCGCUCCUCACUCCUCCUCGUUUCCCCCGACGACUGCUCCCUUGCAGAUGCUCCACAUGGACGUGUGGGGCCCAGCCCGCGUCCGUGGUCAGGGUCAGGAGAGGUACUUCCUGAUAGUUGUUGACGACUACUCGCGCUACACCUCGGUCUUUCCCUUGCGCACCAAGGGUGAGGUCCCUGAUGUCUUGAUCCCUUGGAUCCGCAGAGCCCGUCUCCAGCUCAGCGAGCGUUUUCACUCGGACUUUCCUGUCCUACGCUUGCACUCUGACAGAGGUGGUGAGUUCUCCUCCGACCUCUUGGCAGCCUACUGUGCUGAGCACGGCAUUGAGCAGUCGUUCACGCUUCCGGCCUCUCCACAGCAGAAUGGGGUUGCGGAGCGCCGCAUUGGCCUGGUCAUGGAGGUCGCCCGUACCUCCUUGAUCCAUGCGGCUGCCCCCCACUUUCUGUGGCCGUUUGCGGUCCGGUACGCUGCACAUCAGCUCAACCUCUGGCCCCGUGUCUCCUUGCCGGAGACCUCGCCCACGCUGCUGCGGACGGGGGAGGUUGGCGAUGCGUCGCGUUUCCGGGUCUGGGGGUCCCGAGCUUUUGUCCGCGAUACGUCUGCGGACAAGCUCUCCUCCCGUGCUGUUCCCUGCGUCUUCCUCGGCUUUGUCCCGGACGCGUCUGGUUGGCAGUUUUACCACGCCACCUCGCGCCGAGUCUUGCCCUCUCGGGACGUCACUUUUGACGAGUCCGUCCCCUACUACCGCCUCUUCCCCUACCGCACUGCCCCGCUCCCCCCCCCGCCUCUCUUCCUCGCGCCAGAUCCUCCUGUUGCAGACCCCCUCCCCCCUCAGGGUGCUGCUCCCUCAGGUGUGUCUCAAGUAGACCCGGUUGAGCCUGUUGAGGUCGCUGUCGACUCUCGUCCUGCUGGGGGUGCUGAGCCUGGGGGUGCUGAGCCUGGGGGUGCUGAGCCUGGGGGUGUGGAGCCUGGGGGUGUGGAGCCUGGGAGUGCUGAGCCUGGGGGUGUGGAGCCUGGGGGUGUGGAGCCUGGGGGUGUGGAGCCUGGGGGUGCCGAGCUUGGGGGUGUGGAGCCUCGUGGUGCUGAGCCGCAGAGUCCGGAGUCUGGGAGUUCUGGGUCUGGAGCCGGACGUACUGCUGGGACUGGUGCUAGUGCCUCUUCUCCCGUUAGGGAGCUCCCCUCCCGCGAGCGGAUCCGUGAGUGGUACGAGCAGCGCUGCACUCUUCAGAGUGGCGUGCCUCGUGUUGCGGACCCCGCUGCCGUUGGAGCUGCUGCUGGCGCUGAGGACCCGGGCGUUGAAGCUACCGCUGGUGCUGCGGACCCGGGCGUUGGAGCUGCUGCUGGUGCUGAGGACCCCGGUGUUGGAGCUACCACUGGUGCUGCGGACCCUGGUGCGGGUGUCCCUGCUGACUCUGGUGUUGCUGCACGGUCCCAGCCGUACUUCGUUCCGCUCCUUCAGCAGGUUCUUGGUCAGCUCCCUCCUCCUUGUCCUCCUCCCUCCUUAGCGUGUCCUCCGUCUGUCCAUCUGAAGUCGCAGUUACACUCUGCCUCCUCUCUCACUGGUCCUGCUCCUUACACUGGUCCGACUGGAGGUCUUACUGAGCGUCGUGAGCCUGAGUCUUGUCCUGCGUCGCCGGAGUCUCGUCCUGAGUCGCCUGUUCACACUGCUCUCUCUAGUAGUCGUGUCCAGCCUCAGCGUCUUCCUGCUGUCCCAGGCACUCACCGGAUGGCGCUUCGUCCGUCCACUACUCCACAGCGUGUCCCACUGCCGUCUCCUCCUGCUUCCUCUCUUCUUGCUCUUGCUGACCCUGGGUCAGACUCUCUUCGUGCUGCCAGUCCUACUAUCACGCGUCUCCUGGCUACUGUUGUCACUGACCCUUCCUUUGAGUCUGCUGCUGCGUCUGCCUUAGUUGCUGAGCUUGUCGACUUUGCUGCUCGCUGUCGUCUUGACUACGCUGCUUGCCUUGUUGCUGAGUCUGAGUCUGUCUGUCCUCCGUCUGUCGGGGGUGAGUGUGCUCUUGGCACUGACGUCCUUGAGGACAGGCAAGAGGAGUUUGAGUGCUUUGCUGCCGUUUUGCCCCAUCUCGUGUCCAUGCUUUCAGCCAUGGACACAGAGAUGGCUUCCUGGAAGUCCACAGGCACCUACGUCGACGAGGUUCCCCCGCCUGGGGCGAACAUCGUCAGUGGCAUGUGGAUUUUCAGGGUGAAGCGGCCGCCGGGCUCUCCGCCUGUCUUAAAGGCGCGUUACGUUGCACGAGGCUUCAGUCAGCGAGAGGGAGUUGACUUCUUCCAGACCUUCUCCCCGACCCCGAAGAUGACCACUCUUCGGGUUCUGCUGCACGUCGCCGCUCAGCGUGACUACGAGCUCCACUCGCUUGACUCCAGCACUGCUUUCCUGCAGGGCAGCCUGCACGAGGAGAUCUGGCUGCACCGUCCACCUGGCUUCACUGGGUUGUUCCCUCCUGGUACCCAGUGGAGCCUCCGACGGCCAGUCUACGGUCUCCGCCAGGCGCCUCGUGAGUGGCACGACACACUGAGGACUAUGCUUGCGGCUCUUGGGUUCGCACCUUCUACUGCUGACCCGUCGCUGUUUCUACGCACCGACACCUCACUGCCGCCGUUCUACGUCCUUGUGUACGUCGACGACUUGGUCUUUGCUACUGCUGACACUGUGGCACUCGCCCACGUGAAGUCCGAGCUGCAGAAGAGACACACGUGCACAGACUUGGGUGAACUGACAAGCUAUCUUGGCUUGCGGAUCACCCGGGACAGAGCACGCCACACCAUCACCUUGACUCAGUCACACAUGGUGCAGCAGGUCCUGCAGCGCUUCCGCUUCACGUACUCCUCGCCUCAUUCCACUCCUCUGCCUACCGGUCACUCGCUCUCAGCUCUGCCUUCGGAUGAGUCCGUAGAGCCGAGUGACCCGUAUCCAGAGCUUGUGGGUUGCCUCAUGUACCUGAUGACCUGCACUCGACCAGACCUUGCAUACCCUCUCAGCAUUCUUGCACGCUAUGUCGCUCCCGACCGUCACCGGAAGGAGCACAUGGAUGCAGCUAAGAGGGUGUUGCGCUACUUGUGCAGUACGUCGGGCAUGGGGCUAGUGCUUGGAGGGCAAGUCCCAGUUGUUCUCACUGGGCACUCAGACGCUUCUUGGGCAGACGACCAGGCUACUCAGCGGUCGUCUCAGGGUUACUCCUUCAGUCUUGGCUCUGGUUCUGUUUCUUGGCGUUCUACUUGCUCUUCUUCUGUUCUCAGCUCCAGUUGUGAGGCUGAGAUCUACGCCACAGCCAUGGCGGCCCAGGAGCUACGCUGGCUUACCUAA